AUGUGUAAUGACAGUAUGGUUUUCAGAGACAUUGUAGCAGGCUGGCCAUGCUCAGUUCAUGACUCAAGGGUCCUCAGAAAUUCCUCCUGGUUUGUCGCUGCUGCAGCCAAGUUCUCUGGGGACACACAUAUUCUUGGCAAUGGUGGAUACCCAUUGAAAAGGUUUAGAUGUAGUCCCUCAUAGAGUAUCGCAUGGCUUGUAUUCUUGUAUUUUGUUAUGUAUUUCAAGAUGGGUUCUAACAGCCUGCCAGCAAACGUGCAGCACCAAGAUAUUAACAUGCAUCAAUAACUAGCAUUUAUACUGAUUUAAUUUGCUUUUCCUCCAGUGAUUUAUUUCUGAAAAUACCUGGUGUUACCUAAUCACAUGGUGUUAUCAAUUGAAACGACAUCCAAUAAACUUUAACCGUUAGGCUAUUAUUGACGUAUAAAUGCAACUACAAUCUAUACGAAUUGCUAGUUUUGUUUGAUUCGUGGAAUGAUUGAGACAAAAUGAGGCACAACCUGGUAUAAAGCAACAGCUGAGGUUAAAAAAAUGAUUAAGUUUACCUCCACUUGUGCCUUCGUCAAACCAGUGUCUGUUGACACUUUUAAAACUAUCUCCUUAUACAUGGAUCCAUUCCAACCAUCCCUCCUUCGAAAAACACGCUCUAAAAUCUCUCACUGGUUAUCUGAGAUGUGAGUACGUUUGCCAUUGUACUUCCUCACAAAGAACAACCACUAUCUCACUGAAAGCUUACCAGACAGCACAUUGUGGAAUUUGUUAUUAGCGGGCAAACGUGGAUUAUUCCAUAAAGCAAUUUCAUUGGCUGUUCUAGACAAUGCUUCAAAUCAGCAGCAUCAGACAGCUCAGAUGACUCAAAUGAUCAUUUCACUUGGGUAUUACCCACAUUCUCAAUUGAGAAAUACUGGGUGUUACCCCAUGAGAAAAUGUGACAUGGGUGUAGAGUAUUCAACAAGUCUCCUGAAGGGACGAUGGAGGAAACUCUUGACUCUGGUUCACCUUAUAAUGUCUGCAUGUGUUCUGCACAACUUUUGUCUACUCAAUGAUGACCUAGAUGACAGCUACUUCUUAGAUCAUCAUGAU